UGGGCAGAACCAAACGCCCAUCAUUUCCCGUAGCAGCAUUUUAGAAUGUGACAGUGGGAGCUGUAGUUCGUGAGAACAUUCAUUCAGUUUAGCGGCCGGGGAGAGAGGCCGGAUAUCGAGAGGUUGUGAGUAACUGUUAAAAUGGAAGCCGUACUCUCAGAAUGGGUGCAGAAAUACCACGACUUUAUGAAAGGAGCAGAUCCCAGGAUAUAUGAUUACCCAUUGAUGCAGUCACCAUUCCUUCCUGGUGCCAUUCUCCUGAGUUAUGUCUACUUCGUUCUUUCUCUUGGCCCACGUAUUAUGGCAAAUCGGAAGCCUUUUGACCUAAAGCCACUAAUGGUUGUUUAUAAUUUUAGCCUUGUGGCACUUUCAGCUUUUAUUGUUUAUGAGUUCCUCAUGUCCGGCUGGUUAACUGGUUAUACAUGGCGUUGUGACCCAGUGGAUGUGUCUGAUAGCCCAAUGGCUUUAAGGAUGGUCCGAGUAGCUUGGCUGUUCCUGUUCUCUAAGUUUAUUGAACUACUUGAUACUGUUUUAUUUGUUGUGAGAAAGAAGAACGGUCAGAUCACCUUCUUGCACAUCUUUCAUCACUCUGUCCUGCCUUGCAGCUGGUGGUGGGGUGUCAAGUUUGGCCCAGGUGGUAUGGGGUCUUUCCACGCCAUGAUUAAUUCCUUGGUUCAUGUGAUUAUGUACUUCUACUAUGGACUGUCAGCUGCUGGCCCACGCUUUCAGAAAUACCUGUGGUGGAAGAAGCAUAUGACAGCCAUCCAGCUGAUCCAGUUUGUGCUGGUUUCCAUUCACAUUACCCAGUAUUACUUCAUGCCAAGCUGCGAUUAUCAAUUUCCCAUCUUCAUUCACCUCAUCUGGAUCUAUGGCACAGUUUUCUUCAUCUUGUUUUCCAAUUUCUGGUAUCAGGCAUAUACUAAAGGAAAGCGCCUCCCUAAGGGUAGCACAGUUGCCAAUGGAGCACUGCAUCAGAAUGGCAAAGCCAAGAAUGGAAAAUAUAAGGAAAAUUAGAGGCAGGCACCUUGAGACCUGUGCUGGCAGUGUGCGGAAACCUGUGCACACGAGAGGAGCAGGUGCAAAGGGGGAGAAUAUACCACAUUUUAUAAACAGAGAAACCCAGCUGUUUGUGGGCCAGUACAAACUGCUAAACUGGUUUCUGAAUGCAUCUGGGCCUUUGACCAGCCAAAUUAAGUGCCUAAAAGACUGACUGUUCAACCAAAUGAAUGAAUAACCCCAUGUCCCUCCUGCAGCUAAAGCUACUCUUUCUACAGUAUGAAGCCACUCCUGAGUCCAUGAAGAACCAGUUCACUCCUUUGGUGCAAUGGUUACUAUGAAUCUGUAAUCGCAUUAAUGUACUACCCAGUCCUCCAGCACACGGCGUACAUCUGGAUUUCUGUGCAUCACAUUCCAGUAACUCUCCUACUGGGGCUAUUUCUUCACUAAUUUUUAUUCCACACCCUUUAAUUACUGUUUUUGCACUGGUAUAGUUAUGGUCACAGGAAGGUGAAUUAGUUUAAAAUUGCAGGAAUUCUGAAAUACUUGAAUAUAGGGACAUGUGUGUCUUAUACUGUUUGGUUAUCGUGUUCCUGUCCAAAGAAGGCAACUAUAUUGUGUUAAUUUAAAUUAAUUUGCCUUAUAAAAGGAGCAUGGUUGCCUCCUUAUGUUAUUGCUUUAGCCCUUAUUCGUCGUUUAAUUUGUGUCCCAUCCACAAAAUAUCUCAUAACACUGAAGCAUCCUUGUUAUGUUUUCCCACUUAUAGAGAACCCCUUAUUGUUGUGAUCUUCAAUGUCUCCCUUGCCCUGGAAUAGGAGGAUUUAAUGUUUCUUGACACUGUUGCUUGAUCAAAUAUAUUCAUGCUGCGCUAUGUGUAUGAAUGGCAAGGAGGAUGGAGUGGUAGACAAUGGCUGAGACUCACAGAUAUAGGGACUUCGUGAAACUACCUGCAAGGCUGCCACAACCUAUUUAUAUUGUUUUGUGUAAUACUAAUAAAUGCUUAUUGCACAUUUGGAUUUAUAAGCUCUUGCAGCUACAAAUUGUUAUGGUAAAAAAAAACAACAGUCUAUCUUAUCCAAACUUUUGGCAUGGAUACCAGUGCAGCAGUAGUCUUUAUAUUGAAAUCAGACCAAAUGCUUAAUGCAGUAAAACACAUAACCGUUUAACAGUUCUAUUUUUUUAACUAUUAUUUAAAUGCUUUGUUUAUUACUAGGAUUGGAUCCAGCUGUGAGAGCAGUUUACCAUUUCAUGUUGUCUAUGCAAUGUGUAUGUCCAUACACUGUGCUUGUGCACUUUUACGUGAAACAAAAGCAAUACUGUGCAAGUAUGGGGGAAAUGAAUGGUACACUCAGAUUUGACUGCACAAGCAAUAGUACUGUACUAGGAUUUAUAUGACAAUUAGUAAGACCAUCUGUGCACCGAACCGGAAAUAUAUAUAAAACCAUUCAGCUCACCAUCAUCACUUGAACACUUUUUGUUACCAUUAGUGCUCUUCAAUUAUAAUUAACUUAAUGUUAAAAUUCUUACUUUGAAUUAAAAGUACUGAAAAUCCAGUGUCUAAAAAGGCUAGGGUGAAUAGACAGCAAGCCUAUAUUGCAGUAUGGUAAUAUCACAAAGUAAAGAAAGAGUGUAAAACAUUCCUCUGUCUUCUGUAUAAGUGGCUGCAUAUGGAAGAGAAGUUGGGGGGGGGUAAUUAAUGUGCCUUACGUGCUUAUCCUUUGCUAAAAUGUAUCAAAAAUCGCCAUAUUAAAAAUUAUUUCACCCA